AUGUCUGCAACUAUAGCUACUCUUCCUGAACCUUCCUCUCCACUUGAUCCUCAAGCUCUAGCACAAAAGUACCAUCUUGAGCGAGAGAAGCGUAUUCGUGAGGAUGGUCUUACCCAGUACAAGGAGCCCACUGGCAACUUUGCUCGAUUCCAAGAUGAUGCUCUAGUUGACGAGAUCGUCCCGAGAGAACCAAUCACUGAUUCUGCCGAAGUACUGAUUGUUGGUGGCGGCUAUGGUGGUUUGUUGGCUGCUGCUCGUCUUUCUCAACAAGGUGUUACCAACUUCCGCAUUCUUGAAAAGGGUGGUGGGUAUGGCGGUACUUGGUAUUGGAACCAGUAUCCAGGUGCUCAAUGUGAUAUCGAAUCCUAUAUUUACCUUCCAUUACUUGAAGAGCUUGGUUAUGUCCCAACUGAGAAGUAUGCUCGCACCACCGAAAUUCAUAAGCAUAUCGAGAUGCUCGUUACACGCUACAACAUCAAGGAAAAGACGAUCUUUCAAACUGAAGCUAAGUCCAUGAACUGGGAUGAAGAUACUCUUUCAUGGAAGACCGAGACAAAUCGUGGUGAUCACUUUACUUCCAAGUUUGCCAUCACAGCAACAGGUAUUCUCCACAAGCUCAAGCUACCAGGUCUUGAAGGCAUGGAGCUUUUCGCUGGCAAAUCAUUUCAUACUUCGCGUUGGGAUUAUGGUGUCACAGGUGGUGAUGUAAAUGGAAAUCUCAGCAAGUUGGCAGAUAAGCGUGUUGGUGUUAUUGGAACUGGUGCAACAGCAGUUCAAAUGCUUCCUCAUCUCGCCAAAACCUCAAAGCAUGUCUACGUCUUUCAGAGAACACCUUCUACAAUUAACGUUCGAAACAACAAGCCUACCCCACCAACCUUUUGUCAAAACCUUAAGCCAGGUUGGCAGGAAAAUCGAAUGGAAAAUUUCAAUGAUCGUAUUUCUAAUUGUCGCCAGAAAGAAGAUCUUGUCGCCGAUGGCUGGACUCUCAAUCCUGCCACAGCUAUCUUAGGAAAAGCAAAUGCUUGUACCGAUCAAGUAAAAUUGGGUCAAAUGAUGAUGAUGGCAGAUUUCCAACUCAUGGAACGUAUUCGAGCUCGAGUUGAUGAAUUAGUUGAAGAUAAAGAAACUGCCGAGAAACUCAAACCAUGGUACUCAUCCAUGUGCAAGCGACCCUGCUUCCACGACGAAUACCUCUCCCUCUUCAACCGCAAUAAUGUGCAACUAGUCGACACAAACGGAAAAGGUGUUGAUCGCGUAUCCCAAGCUGGGGUAAUCGUCAACGGUGUCGAAUACCCCGUCGAUAUCCUCAUCUAUUCCACCGGAUUCGAAGUCACAACCGCCUAUCAACGUCGCUCAGGGAUCACCGUCACCGGCCGCAACGGCCUCCUCCUAGACGAUAAAUGGAAACUAGGACCCUCCACCUUCCACGGAUUCCAAACCCACGGCUUCCCCAAUUAUUUCUUCUUCGGCACCACUCAAUCCGGCGUAUCCGCAAACUUCAUGUAUACACUCACGCAUCAAUCAAUGCAUACCGCGUACAUUAUUUCCGAAUGCAAGAAGCAAAAUAUCAAAGCUGUGGAAGCUUCCAAGGAAGCAGAGGAUCAAUGGGUUAAGGAUAUUUUGGAUGGUAGUGCACCCAUGAUUCAUUAUUUCUCCCAGUGUACUCCGGGGUAUUUUAAUGGUGAGGGUCAGGUGGGUAAACAUCCUGAGGUGGGUGGGAAGACGGCGGUUUAUGGAUGGGGUGCUAGUGCGUGGGGGAAAUUGUUGGAGGAUUGGCGUGCGGAGGGGAAGAUGGAGGGGCUUUUGAAGAUGUUUUAG